AUGAAGACACUGGCUUUGCUUCUUUCUGCAGCAGCCUGGUCCAUCCCCAGCACGCCCACUAUUUACAAAUGCAAGGCAACAUUUAGGGCACCCUAUGGCAAUAACACGCAACACUUUGAGGUUGCUUUUGAUCUGUCCCAGAAUCGGGAGAGAACAAGCUUCUACAACAAAGAUGGAACUUUAAUAGAUCAGGAAAUUAUCAACUAUGACCACUACUAUAAUAUCCGCACGGAGCGUAACAGAACCGCUUGCUACAAGUCAACCCCGCCCUCUAAUAUGGCAAAGCCGGUUAGAACAGGUAACCCCCGUCCUCUAUCCUAUCUUGUUCCCACUCUCACCAAUGAUUGGGUCGACAUGGGGACAGCCAUUGUUAAUGGCCGCUAUGUUAACCACUACAGACUUAACGGAAUCGAUGAGGCUCAAUCAGAUCUUCACACGUACAUCAGCACACGUGCCUUUCAGCAAGAUUUUUACUGCUAUAAGGACGAGUCGGUCUGCAUUCCUGUAAGAUGGACGAUGCGCUCGAUUUCCGCAUUUGGUUCUCACUUUGAUCUUUAUAGCCUUGACUACACUGCUUGCACAACAGAAGUCGAAGACUCUGAUUUCGCAGAGCCGUUUAUCUGUAAGUUCAUAGAGGAUCCCGACUGGGAUAACUGGGACAAUGACCCAGACAACCCAGUCGGUCCUACAUUUGAAGCCCUUAAACGUAUUUUUGGCGGCAACACGCUUACUCGUCUUCUCUCAGCAUUCUCUAGACAGAGUUCUCCCAAAGAACUUUCUAAUGACCACGCGACUGCUUUGAAGGCGAACGUGGAACUCAUAGCCAAAAUCAAUAGCAACAGCAGCUAUACAUUUACAGCAGCGCCAAACCAUUUCAGCCAUAUUGACAUACAGACAGCUCUAUCGGCGUUAACUGGCUUCAGACGCACUAAGAGGAGGAUUGAAAAUGGCAGAAACUACAUACAGAGCAGCAGUGGCGAAUGGCAUGACGUUCCUCUUUUUGACGCAGAUCAUCUGAAGAAUGAAGACCUUCCACAGGAACUUGACUGGAGGGUUCGGGGUAUCAUGAACAUGGCAAAGGAUCAGGUGGCUUGUGGAUCUUGUUGGACCUUCGGAGCCAUUGGUACCAUUGAGGGACGCAUAAACAAGCUUCGUGUCGUUGAGGAGGGUCUGCGACACGAGCCUCUAAAGGCAUACUCCGAGCAAUCUAUCGUAGACUGCUACUGGGGAUUUGGAUCGUUCGGCUGUGAUGGUGGGGACACCCUUGCAGCUCUCAAGUGGCUAGUCGAGAACAAUGGAGGUCGAGUCGCAUUCGAGUCGGAAUAUCCAUACCUUGGGCAAAAUGAUCUAUGCAAAGAGGCUCUCUUUGAUCACGAAUCGUUCUAUUUCGUCACAGGUUAUAGCGCAGUAAAGCAGUAUUCCAUUCCAAGCCUCAAGGCAGCGCUCCAGGACGGACCUGUGGCAGUUUCUAUUGGUAUUACAGAGUCUCUGUUAUUUUACUCUGGUGGUGUCUAUAACGAUCCCGCGUGCCCAUACAAGUACGACGACCUUUCACACGCCGUUCUUGCUGUUGGUUAUGGGACAGACGACACUUACGGAGACUACUGGAUCGUUCGGAACAGCUGGUCGCCACUUUGGGGGAUGGAUGGCUACUUCUACCUUUCAAUGAAGGACAACAUCUGUGGAAUCCUCACCGACGCCAGCUACGCGGUAGUUAACAAAAGAAAAAGCUAA